ACCACAAGCUAACAUAGCUAUUAAAAAUAAUUAUCAUUUGAUUUCAAGUAGAUGUGCUUGUCAUAAAAAGGAAUAUGAUUUGGCACUUAUUAUAUUAGGAGUUGGUGAAGUUAAAAAAGACAUAAUAUCUGGUAUAACUGUGGAAGUACAAAUUGCCAUAGCAAAAGCAAGGCUUGAAUCUUGGGUAAAAAUCAAUGAACCAAUUCUUGGCACUUAUGAAUCUAAUGUGAAACAAUUAU